GCUGGCGCAGAGGGUGUUAACAGCACGAAAUUGGCUUCCCUUCCUCAAUUCCUCGUUUCCGUCCUAAGAUCUUUUUCCUUUCUCUCUCCUUUGUACAAGAGAAUUUCACACUGCAUUCACGCAACGAGUGAGAGAUGGACUGGAUUUGCUGCUGCCGAACGACGGAGAGCGAAGACGUUUCUAAAGACACAGAAUGCUUUUUACCUGAGAGCGACACUGCUGAACCAUCAGGAGGCUUCGUUUCUGCAGCAGGCUCAGAUUCUUCGCGUUCAGCCUUGGAUAAGCUUAGUAAAACUGUUUCUUCAGCUCGUUCCUCUUCUUAUGGAUCUCUCCACGAGUCGCGUCCCCCUGAUCUCUCUCCCCCCACUCCAACGGGGGGUCUCGCAGUCUCUCCUUGUGUCGUAGAUGGUCAUUCUCCUUCCUCUCCUCCUCCUCCUCCUCCUCCUGCUGGCCCAUCUCCCUUUUUCUCUUCCGUUACAGAUGCCCCUUCUGUAAGUGUGCCCCAUAUCUCCACCGAUCCAAUUGUUGGUUCAUCUGAUCCCUCUCCAUUUAGGUCGUUUUCCUCCCCUGCUUCUGGUUUCUCUGACCUCUUUGUAUUUAAAGCUUCUCCUUCCUCCUCUGUUUCAGCAUUUGAUCCAAUUCCUUCUCAUCCCACAGGAACUGUAGUUUCCACACCUGCUGAUAUCCCUCCUAUUUUAUCCCACACAGAGCCUCUUGAAUCCGGUCAUUCAGUUCCCCCAUCAUGCCCUACACCUAUUUCUCUCACUUCUCACACCACCGGGUCUUGCUCCUUUUCCUCCGCACUUGACUUCCAUUCUCCAACAACUUCCAUCAUUUCUGCACUCACUCCUUCCGUGAAUGCGGAGGUCAAAUCUCCCUCUCUUGGAAAACCUGACCUAAAUUCUUCAUUGCCCAUCUCAACUGGGUCUUCCUCAUCCUCAAGUCCUCCUGUAGUAGCUCCGUCAGCCUCGCCAACUCAUACGUCCUUAGCUCAAAGAUCUUUACCAAGACUACCCGAUCCAGCUCUCCCAAUGCCUGGCGCAGCUAAACCAUCUACCUCUGCUGCCCCACAGUCUGGUCUCCUUCAAUCUUUUGCUCAGACACCUGUUUCCCCGGUAUGCAAUCCUUGUGCACGGGCAUCAUGUUUAUAUAAUAAGCCAGGGCGUUUAUGCACUAUAUUCGACCAGAGAUAUGUUUACAUUGGCCAUAGAGAUACCUUUAUCUUGGUGGAACUGAAAAGGCGGAUAUCAUGCGGGCUCACUUUAGGGACAAGAUUAGUGUGGAAAAAAGGUAAGCCUCAUCUCCUCUCAGACCUUGCUGAUGGAGCCAAGGUAGUCUGUGAUGCCCUUUCACUGCCUGAUACCCAUGGGUUCCAUGCCUUAAUCGUCUGGCAGGGGACUAAACCUAAUUUUAUUAUGGAACCAGUGGAGGAAGCAGAGGUCAUGAUGUUACAAAGACAUGAUCUGCGAGUGACGGGUAUAGAACCCAGUGAAGUUGGUGGAGGGAGCAUUGAUGUCGACAUAAAGGGCAAGUCAGUUAAAGUCAAGUUUAUAGAAGAAGUUGUAUUUGCAGAUGGACAGAGGUCAAACACCAAUGAUAUUUUUAUGUCAUUCUCCAAGUUCACAUGUAGUGUUUUUGCUACACUUCAUGAGACACUUAGAGGGGGCAGUGGAGAAACUUUAUCGUACAUCUGUUCAUGUGUCUGGACAGGCACACGACCCGCAGCAAACCUGUUGGACAAGGUAGAGCAAGGAGAUGUUUUUAAUAAAAAUGAAAAUGGGACCUAUGUCAAGUGCAGUGCCUCACAAAGUAUAUACUGUGAUCUUCCUGCAGUACUGAAAACGUCAGAGCAGGGUAAAGAGAUUGUAUUUCGCUCUGAGGAUGAAGUCAGACAUUUGCCUAUUAGAAACGAAGACAUUUUUUAUGAAAGUGAAAGUAAAGUCUCUCCCUUACCAUCUGAAAUUGCUGUCCUGGCUCAUAUUUCGAGACUCAAAGGGGCGAAUAGAACUUGUGUUCUGAAGGUUAUCGGAGUUCAUCUACCAAGUGAAAGAUCUGUAAUUUCUUUCAAAUCAAAGGAAAGCAAGAAAGCGUUGGACUCAGUGUCGGGGACCAAAGAAAUCUCCAGACAGUCAGAGAGUGAAGUGAAUCACUUUGUAGAUCAUGAGAAGAAUGAAACUCAAAAAAGGGAAAAAAAACAAACAGAACAUGACCAAAAAGAAGAAAAAACACAUUUAGAAAACGAUCAACAUAAAGGUAAGCUUCAACCAGAAAAGGAAGUCGAUUUCAUCCAUGUGAAGGAAAGCAUUCUUCAGAAUAAGACACCGGUUACAGAGGAAAAGCAUAAAGGGAAAGAUAUCUGCGUUGAAGACUGCAUCUGGCACUACGGAAGCAUCUCCCAAGGCAUCGCAAAGACGCCUCAGAAAUCGGUGCUCAUUACCUACGACGUUCUCUAUGUAAAUGGCCAAAGGAUAUCUGCUACGGACACUGUGGCAAAGUAUUCCAAAAAGGGAAGUACAGUGAGUGUGGCAACAGUGCCAUUGGUGUCUCCCUCUCAGGUUCUAGGAGUUACUGUGACCCACAAGGCUCUCGCAGCAUGGCAUGGAGCCAAACCUGAGUGUGUGGAAGAGAUAAUCAAGGCAUACGCAUCUGGAAGUCAUGUUCAGCCAGGCACAAGGGUUAUCCCUGAAACAAAAAUAGAGAGGAGUGUCACUUGUGAUCGAGGAACUAAUUCUGCUCCAUCUCUGCACCAGGAUCAUGCCGCAUCUGAAAAGCUGUCAAAAUCUAGUUGUGUCGAAUAUAUUGCAGGAUAUCGUUGGAAAAUUGCAGGGAUAUCUCAGGCACUUAUCUACAGAAAUAGCAGAGUAGUUCGCGUCAAACAUGAAGUGUUUUUUGUUGACAAGAAUAGAAUACCAAAUACUGAUCCCAUCUCCAAAUUCGUAGAUGAAGAGAGGGUUGUGAAUGCACUGGUGGUUCCGGUGUCAUCCCCGCAGGUCAUUUCAGGUCAGAACGUCACUCACGAGGCACUGGUGGCAUGGUGUGGGAAAAAGCCUAAUGAGGCAGACGACUACGUGGCAAAAUACUCAAUGGAAAGAAGCAAACUCUCUGAUGCUUCAGGCACCCAUGUGAAGACGUCUUCCCUUCAAGAAAUAAGAACUACAACAGCCCUGCUAAACCCUAGAGAUACAAAGGCACUGUCGACAGAAAAGAUGAACGUUCCCGGGAAAGACGAAACUAAGGGAAGUGUUAAGGCUACAACUGCCAAUAAUUUACCAAAUAAGAAGCUGACUACAAAGAACGGAAAACCGGGUCCGACCUCCGCAAAUAAAAAAGUUCCCGACAACCAGACGCAGAAGAAGGCCCCUCCCAGACACGCCCAAGGGAAGCUGCAGAGGGUCGUCGGUGAUCACGGCAUCCUGGAGGUCCGCUCCAAAGACGCAGAAGGAACAAAGGCAAUGGUGGCGUUCCAUCGCUCAGUGACCUUCCUCCAUCAGCAGAGAGUCGAUCAAAGGAAGGGCUUGGAGGAGCAGCUCUCCCCACACCAGUCUGUUGACUUCUUUUGUUACAUUGAAAAUCAUGACAUGAACAAGGGAGGUGUCACCUGCCAAUACAAGGCUACGCUGGUGUGGGUAGGAAAGAAACCAAAGACUGACACAAACCGGGAUGCAGAAGCUCAUGUUAAUAAGAGUCAAAAUACGAAAAAAAAUAACAUAGACCCUGGUGUUCUAAGGCUCCACAAUGCGGCCGGCACUCUCGCACAUGCCUCAGGCCAGGCGGCGGUUCUGAAGGUGAGAAAUGCCGCCUUGGACGGUGGAAUGGCCCUCGUCUUCGUCCACACUUCGGACGUCUACGUCAACCAGAGGAGAAUCGAGAGCGCGAGCGAAAUGUCCAGACAUCACCUUUGGCAGUGCAACAUAAGAACCUGGAAGACCCCUGGCACUCCCGUGGAGGGCUUCGUGUGCCACUACAAGGCUGAGCUGGCUUGGGUGGGGAAGAUGCCAAGGAAGAAUGCUGGGAGGAGCAGUGCAGACAACUCGCAGAAGGAACCCGAGAAGGCUAAGAAAAGCAUCGCCCGCCCGCUGCUACCCACGCCGGGCCCUCCAGCGGAUCCCAAAUGCCCAGACGACCCUCAUAAGUGUGAAGGACCAGAGGGCAGUGCUAAGAGUGACCCAAAAGAAAGGACUGCCAUCCUAUGCCUCCGGCCAUUACACGGAUGCCUACGUCCUGCAGGAGAAAGUACAGAGUCCAAGCGACAUGCUGCGACAUCCCAAAUGGAACUGCGACCUGAAGAAGUGCGAGCAGCUGAGCCUCUCCGCCGACGGCUUCGUGCUGGAGUAUGAGGUCGAGUUGGCUUGGGUUGGGAAGAAGCCAGGCCAGGCGGGGGCGGCGGGGGGGAGCCCGGCGGAGGGGGGGGAGACGCCAGGCGAGGAGGCGCUGGAAUUUCUUCCGAGUAUGUAUGAAGACCUGUUUCCUGCCAUCGGCCUCGAAGAAGACAGCAAGAUCGUGAAUCUAUAAUACUGACGGACACCUUGUUUGACUGACCCAGGGCACCGACUCGGAUCUUAGACACGGUUCUCAAGUAUGCGUCCAGUCUGCUUUGAAGGACAGUUCUUUCUCUUUCUCUUUCUUUCUCUUUCUUUCACUCUUUCUCUUCCACUUUCUCUCUCUCUCUCUCUCUCUCUCUCUCUCUCUCUCUCUCUCUCUCUCUCUCUC